CUGUCUAUAUCAGUAGAUAGGAAAAACCUUAGCCUUGGUGUAUGACACCCCCCCCAUCAGUCACACCCCUAAAUGUGACUAUAAAACAGAGAACUGACACCUGCUACAGAGACAGAUAACCCACCUCAGCACAGGGAGGCCAGGUGAAGGCAGAACUCUGGACCAAAGGUGAGGUGUCGAUUAACCUUGAACCGGUUGUCAGAUGUCCUCCAACCGGACAAGCAGGCGUUCUGAUGACGUCUACCUGUAGCCAGGACGGCGGUACACUACAUCCGAGUUCAGCCGAGGUUGGUUCGCCUCGGAAAAGGUCCGAGGUGUGAUUCCACCACACCCAUAUCGCAUGCACAGGGACCUCAUCGCCCCAGCAACAGAUAAGGCGGCCAAUCGAGUCGGAGGAUCUCACCGGGAAGAUCUGACCUCAUCAGCAGCACGUGUCCACGCCGGGCGUUAUAUCCCGGUUACAGCCAGGUCCCUGUUGGGAGAGGGACUGACUGUCGUGUUCCUGAGACCACUGAGCUCUCCGUAUCCAGCUGGGAUCGCUGGGUUUCCGAGGCCACAGACCCGUAGCACCUGCCCCCGUCUAAGAGAACUGAAGUGCUGUGAGAUGGAAGAGAAGCCUGUCUCCAUGGCGCCGGCCCAUUCCACUGUUGCCCUGGUAGACGCUGACCUGUGGGACUUACCAGAACUACAGGAUGCUGGGCCGACAUGGUCCGACCUGGACACCAAAGGGAAGGUGUGUAGGGUGCUGACAUCCAUUCUGAAAGGGUUUCUGCUACUGGGACUCCUCUAUCUGUUCGUCUGCUCUCUAGAUAUCCUCAGUUCGGCCUUCCAGCUGGUUGGAGGGAAGGCAGCGGGGGAAAUCUUCACAGAGGGGUCUGUUCUCUCAAACCCUCUGGCCGGUCUGGUCAUUGGAGUGCUGGUCACCCUGUUGGUGCAGAGCUCCUCCACCUCAUCCUCUAUCGUGGUCAGCAUGGUUUCCUCUGGACUGCUACAGGUCAAGAUGGCUGUGCCUGUCAUCAUGGGGACCAACAUCGGAACGUCUGUCACCAACACGCUAGUUGCCAUGACGCAAGCUGGCAACCGAAGCACGUUCCGCAGGGCAUUUGCCGGGGCCACCGUCCACGACUUCUUCAACUGGCUGUCGGUGCUGGUCCUGCUGCCCCUGGAGGUGGCAUCCGGAUACAUGUAUCACCUGACCAAGCUGAUCAUUGACUCCUUCCACAUCCAGAGCGGGGAUAACGCUCCGGACCUCCUCAAUGUCAUCACCGACCCCCUCACGGAAUCCAUCGUCCAGCUGGACGGUGAUGUCAUCAGCGGUAUUGCCGACCCCGAAAACAGGAAUAAGAGUCUAAUAUUGAAAUGGUGCAAAACGUUCACCAACACGACCCUAAGGAACGAGACCGUUCCCAGUAAAGAGAACUGCACCUCCCCCAGCAUGUGCUGGUGUUUCCCCGAGUUCUGUUACACCCUGAAGAAUGUCUCCGAAACCUUCAACAUACAGAAAUGUAAACACCUGUUUGUGGACGUGAACCUGUCCGACCUGUCUGUGGGUCUGAUCCUGCUGGCGUUGUCUCUGCUGGCGCUCUGCACCUGCCUGAUCCUCAUCGUCAAGCUGCUCAACUCCAUGCUGAAGGGACAGGUGGCCGUCGUCAUCAAGAAGGUCAUCAACACAGAUUUCCGUUUCCCGUUUGGCUGGGUGACUGGGUACAUCGCCAUCCUGGUAGGAGCUGGAAUGACCUUUAUCGUCCAGAGUAGUUCCGUCUUCACCUCUGCUAUUACUCCUCUCGUCGGUAUUGGAGUGAUCAGCAUUGAAAGGGCGUACCCUCUGUCUCUGGGCUCCAACAUCGGCACAACAACCACGGCUAUACUGGCAGCCCUGGCAGCCCCUGGAGACACCCUGGCUGACUCCCUACAGAUCGCUCUGAUCCACUUCCUGUUCAACCUAUCCGGUAUCAUCCUGUGGUAUCCAAUCCCCUUCACCCGCAUUCCCAUCCGAUUGGCUAAGGCCCUGGGGAACAUCACCGCGGAGUACCGCUGGUUUGCCGGCGUCUACAUCGUCACCGCCUUCUUCGCUCUGCCCCUCUUUGUCUUCGGCUUGUCGAUGGCCGGCUGGGAGGUGCUGGUUGGCGUGGGAGUCCCCUUAGUGGUGGUGUUGAUCGCCGUCAUCAUGGUGAACAUUCUCCAGGCGCGUCGUCCCCGCUGGCUCCCUUUGGUGCUGCGCUCCUGGGACUUCCUGCCUCUGUGGGCCCACAGCUUUGAACCCUGGGACCGCUUGUUCGCCAUUGCUGCCGUGAAGUGCUGUUGCUGCUGCAAAUGCUGUCAGGCCAGAGGGGAGGAGGACGAGCGCCAGACCGAAGAUCGUGUGUUGGAGAUGUACGACAACCCGGCCAUGAGCAACGGUUCAGCCGUGGACAAGGACGACAGGGAAAGAGAGAGGGUUUCGAAAGCCACGCACCUUUGAUGAGUCUUAACGAUUUGGUCAUUAUGGUGUUUGGCCUGGUUAUUUUUCCUUAAUGUGGUUGUUAGGGGCGACAUAGGUGAAAAAUUAUUUGGUAUUCCAACAAUCUUCGUUGGCGGUUUGCAGAGUUUCCGUUCAUUUCCACUUGAUCUAGGAAUAUUCCAAAAAUUAUUUCUGGAAAACCUUCUGGAAUUUUCCAACCCUGGUGCCAUAUGAUGAAAUAAGUUAUUAAUUACAAAGUGUAUAUACCAACCAUCCAACUGAUGAGAUAAAUGUUUAUCAUGUCUGUUUUUUUUCAAGAAAAUAACAUUUUAAUAUUAAUGUAUAUUUGUUGAGUAAUCAAACAUAUUUUUCUGAUGUAACACAUCGUUUUAUGAUGUCAUUGGACUAAAUUAUUUUGUAAAUACUGUAAUUAUUGUAUUCAAGGAAUAUGGAGCAGAUUAUUUUGUAAUUUAUUGUUUUGAAGAGUGUGAACAUCUGAGAGUGUGCUGUCGAUAAUGUAGGCAUGAUGAUUUUGACAUUCAGGUUCUAAAUAUAACUGAACAGAUUACAAACCAAUGAUCAUUGUGUUGACAAUUGUUUCAUAUUAAAAAUAAAUGAGUGGCUUUCUUGCUCUAUAAAAGUUUGUAAUACCGAAUAAGGUUAGCUGCAGGUUUCAACAGGUCUAAUCAUACCUGUCUACAAUGGCCUCCGGAAUUAUUGGAACCCAUUGUAAAGAUUAGAAAACAA